UGUAGUGGUCUAUCUAAAAAUUAAAAUUUAAAAUUUUUUAGUGGCAACUUAACUCGGGAGGGGGAAAUGGAGUCUGGAAGUAGCGACGUGAUGGUGACAGCGGGAGAGUACAUAUUGUGGGAAAAGCUGGGAGGAAGGAUGUCGACGGUGUGGAAGGCCGAGCACCGGACGCAUGGCCAAGCGGUGGCGCUGAAGCAAGUCCGCCUCUCUAAUCUCACUCGCACCCUCAAGAUCUCUCUCGACUGCGAGCGCAAUUUCUUGUCCUCCGUCCAUCACCCUAACAUUGUUCGCCUUUUAGAUGUCUUCCAGGCUGAAGGUUGCGUAUUCCUGGUCUUGGAGUUUUGUGCUGGGGGAGAUUUAGCUUCAUACAUUCGACUACAUGGAAGAGUUCAAGAACAAGUUGCUAGAAAAUUCAUGCAACAGCUUGGAGCUGGUCUGAAGGUGCUAAACUCCCAUCACAUCAUCCACCGAGAUUUGAAACCAGAGAACAUUUUGCUUUCAAGCCCUCACAGUGAUGCAGCGCUGAAGAUUGCUGAUUUUGGUCUCUCAAGAAUUUUACAUCCUAAUGAUCACGCAGAGACAGUUUGCGGGUCUCCACUGUAUAUGGCCCCAGAAAUUCUGCAAUUUCAGCAAUAUGAUGCCAAGGUUGACAUGUGGAGUGCUGGUGUGAUUCUUUUUGAACUUCUUCAUGGCUAUCGGCCCUUUCAUGGUAGAACUAAUGUUCAGAUUCUGCAGAAUGUCCAGUCGUGUUCAUGUCUUCCAUUUUCCGAGCUCAUCCUUCCAGGGUUGCACCCUGAUUGUGUUGACAUGUGUUCGAGACUAUUGUCUAUCAAGCCAGAAAUCCGAUUGUCUGUUGAUGAGUUUAAUCGGCAUGAGUUCUUAAGGGUACAAGGACUUGGAGGUCAAGGCUGCUCAUGAGAGUUCAAGUCUUUCAAGGUUCACUGAAAUCAAAUUUGCUUGGUUGUCUAACCAGGUGAUGUGGUCGUUUGCAGGACUGAUUGUCGAGAAUUAAAUUCAGUGUCCCUUCUGUGAGAUUUGACAAGAUUAGUCGCAUAAGCAGGAGCGGGGAAUGGGUGAUGCGGAACGGGUGUGCAGCAUAGAGAAAUAGUACUUGUGUCUUUUAUUAUGUAAAUUUAUUAUAGUAUUUUGUUUCAACUAUGGUUUAGUAGGGAGCUUAUUUUGGUCAUGACUUUUGUUGAUACUAGAGCUAAAGAUAUGGUUCAAUCCAUUCUUUCUUUCCUUAUUUUUCAUUUUUAUAUUCUUCUUUAUAGUUAAAGAUAUUCUCACAAUAUUCAAUGUGAUGCAAAUUCACAUAAA